UUCCUCAGUGGCUUGGAUACUGCCACGAGGUUUCUCAUCCAACCAUAGGAACUCCAAAACAAUUUUUCCUUAAUGAAUCAAACUUAUCAACAACAAACAACCGUUUUAACGUUCUUUCAUCAUCAUAAUGAACCUAUCUUCAACAAUCAUAGUUUCCACAAAACCACACUCAUUUUCAUUCUCAUCCUCAAUCUCUACUAAUCCAAUUCAAUUCACAACCAAAACCCCAAACCCAACAACACCCCAAAGACAAACCCUUCACAUUUCCUCUUUAACCACAAACUCACCUCAACAACUUCCUCCAAACAGUCCUCAACGACUCCUUAAAGAACUCGAACAGUUCAAUACUAAGAAACCCAUUUCACCAAACACAAAACAACCUCAAAGAAUCUCAAUCCUUAAACCACCACACCAAAACAAAAACAUAGCAAAAAGAUUCCUCAACAGUCCUCAACUAACCCUAUCCUCAUUCCCUGUUUUAAGCUCAUGUCUACCUCACGCGCCACUUAAAAAAACCGACAGCGCGUGGAUAGAAACCCACUUGAUGGAAGCAAAACAAGCAUUAGGGUAUCCUUUGGAGUCUUUUGAGGAAAUGCUUGGUGGAGAAGAUAACCCUGCUAAACAUUUUGAUACAUUGUUGUAUUUGGCUUUUCAGCAUCCCUCGUGUGAGAGGGCGAAGGCGAGGCAUGUGCGGUGUGCGCAUUCGAGGUUGUUUUUUUUGGGACAGUAUGUGCUUGAGCUUGCUAUGGUGGAGUUUUUGUUGCAGAGGUAUCCGAGGGAGUCGGUGGGGGCGAUGAGGGAGAGGGUUUUUGGGUUGAUUGGGAAGAGUAGUUUGCCUAAGUGGAUUAAAGGUGCUAGCUUGCAUAAUUUGAUAUUUCCUAAUGUUGAUAUGGAUAGGUUGGUUAGGAAAGAAAGGGAGCAAAUAGUCAAGUCUGUAUUUUGGGCUUUGUUUGGUGCCAUCUAUCUAUGUUUUGGUAUGCCGGAAGUGUAUCGUGUUCUUUUUGAAGUAUUUGCAAUGGAUCCAGAUGCUGACGAUUGCCAGCCCAGAUUGCGUAGGCAACUUGAAGACAUAGAUCACGUAUCUGCUGAAUUUGAAGGCAAGCUAAGCUGGCAAGAUAUGGUUGCCUAUAAGCCUCCUGCAGAUGCCCUGUUUGCUCAUCCACGGUUAUUCAGAGCUUGUAUUCCCCCAGGAAUGCAUCGGUUUAGAGGAAAUGUAUGGGAUUAUGAUAGCAGACCCAAAGUUAUGCAAGUCCUUGGAUAUCCGAUAAAAAUGACCGAUAGAAUUCCAGAAAUUACGGAAGCCAGGAAUGUAGAGCUUGGACUUGGUUUGCAGCUAUGUUUCUUGCAUCCAUCAAAUUACAAGUUUGAUCAUCCUCGAUUUUGCUACGAGAGAUUAGAAUACCUUGGCCAAAAGAUACAGGAUUUGGUGAUGGCUGAAAGAUUGUUGAUGAAGCAUUUAGAUGCUCCAGGUUAUUGGUUACAAGAAAAGCACCGCCGUACUCUUAUGAAUAGGUAUUGUGGAAGAUAUUUGAGGGCCAAACAACUCCACCGCUAUAUUAUAUAUUCUGAAAAGGUUCGAAAAUCAUAUGAGCGCCAUCAUAGACUGAGAAGCCCCGUGACAGUAUCUGUUCAACAAGCUCUUCACGGGCUUUCGUAUGCUGUUUAUGGGAAACGUGAUGUGAGACGGUUAAUGUUUGAGGUUUUUGAUGUUGAGCAAAUUCAACCAAAAAGAAAUAUAUAUGUGAAGAGCCAGUAGUGAGCAGUGACACAGAUUAUUCAUGAACUUACCUUUUUUGCCAUAUCAUUCCCCAUUUUCCUUCUUCCUUUACAUUUUUCUUUUCUUUUUUACCCUCUAGAUAUAGGUAAUCCACAUAGAGAUCAAAGUAGGUGAAUAGAAUGUAAAAUACGUUGUACUUUGUGUAGUUAUUAUUAUAUCAGAAAUCAGGUGAAAAUUAAAAUGUAACUCUAUACUUUGCUCAUCCAAUCAUGUUUCGAAUACUUUGUGAGAA